CCACCUUCUACUCUUUCUUAAAUACCAUGAAAAAACUCAAACUAACAAUUAUAUUAUGAGAGUGAGGGAUAACUCAUGUGGUUCGAACUUCCCUCCCGAUUUCAGAAAAUCUUAGUAUUGAUUCUUACCCCGCCAUUAUGCCUCUCUAAACAACAAAAAAACAAUUACUACCUCAGUUAAAAGGGCCCGGCCCUAGCCCGCCCAAUAAUCACCUCUAAAUAAGUAAUAAAACUCACUCCAUGUUCAUUUCCGUCUUCCUGUUCCAAAACCCUAAUAAAACCCUACACUCUCCUCCAAACCUCAUCAAUGGCGGACGUCGGCUCAGACAAGAAGAAGAAGAGGAGCAAGAGCGUCAUUGAAACCCCCAAAACGACAGACUCCCAACCCCAAAACGACACUGAUUUCUUAAUCAAACCCCAAAGUUUCACCCCAUCAAUCGACACUUCUCAGUGGCCAAUUCUCUUGAAAAACUACGACAGAUUGAAUGUUAGAACUGGGCAUUACACCCCUCUUUCAUCUGGGUAUUCACCAUUGAAGCGACCUCUUGCCGAAUACAUAAGGUAUGGUAUUCUUAAUCUCGAUAAGCCUGCUAAUCCUUCUUCUCAUGAAGUUGUUGCUUGGAUUAAGCGCAUUUUAAGGGUAGAAAAAACUGGGCAUUCUGGUACUUUAGAUCCUAAGGUUACUGGGAAUUUAAUUGUUUGUAUUGAAAGAGCAACCCGUUUAGUUAAAUCCCAACAAGGUGCUGGAAAAGAGUAUGUUUGUGUUGCUAGAUUACAUUCUGCUGUUCCUGAUGUUGCUAAAGUUGCUAGAGCUUUGGAAUCCUUAACAGGCGCUGUAUUUCAGCGCCCUCCUUUAAUAUCUGCUGUUAAAAGGCAGCUUAGGAUUAGGACUAUUUAUGAAAGUAAGCUUCUUGAGUACGAUGCCGAUCGGCAUUUGGUUGUUUUCUGGAUUAGUUGUGAGGCUGGUACCUAUGUGAGGACACUAUGUGUUCAUUUGGGUUUGUUGUUGGGUGUGGGAGGACAUAUGCAGGAGCUUAGGAGGGUGCGGUCUGGUAUAUUGGGGGAGAAGGAUAAUAUGGUUACAAUGCAUGAUGUGAUGGAUGCGCAAUGGAUGUAUGAUAAUUACAGGGAUGAGAGUUAUUUGAGGCGGGUUAUUAUGCCGUUGGAGGUUGUUUUGACUAGCUACAAGAGGCUUGUUGUUAAGGAUUCGGCUGUGAAUGCAAUUUGUUAUGGUGCCAAGUUGAUGAUUCCGGGGUUGCUUAGGUUUGAGAAUGAUGUUGAGGUUGGGGAGGAGGUUGUUUUGAUGACUACUAAGGGAGAAGCUAUUGCUUUGGGGAUUGCGGAGAUGACUACUGUUGUCAUGGCUACUUGUGAUCAUGGGAUUGUUGCAAAGAUUAAGAGGGUGAUUAUGGAUAGGGAUACUUAUCCCAGGAAAUGGGGGCUUGGGCCGAGGGCCUCUAUGAAAAAGAAGCUGAUUGCAGAGGGCAAGCUGGACAAGCAUGGUAAGCCAAAUGAGCAGACUCCUGCUGAGUGGGCAAGGAAUGUGGUGCUUCCUACUGGUGGAGAUUCCAUGAUUGCUAGCAUUGCUGCUGCAGCUGAACCAGCGGAGGCAGAAGAUGUGGUGGUAGAAGGGAAGAAGGAGAAGAAGUCAAAGAGGAAAUUGGAGGAGGUUGAUGCUAGUCCUGCUGGUGAUGUCAAGAAGAUUAAAGUUCAGGAAGAGGAAGUUGUGGAAGUCAAAGAGAAGAAAAAGAAGAAGAAGGAGGCUGAUGAACCUGUUACUCCUGAUGUAGAGAAGUCCAAGUCCAAGAAGGAAAAGAAAAAGAAGGAUAAAGAAGAAAAGGCAGAGUCAACUGAUGAGGAGAAAUCCGAGAAGAAGAAAAAAAAGAAGAAGAGCAAGGAUGUGGAAAACGGUGAUGCUGCUGCUGAUACAGAGGAUGGAAGUCGAAGUGAGAAAAAGAAGGAGAAGAAGGAAAAGAAGAAAAAGAAGCAUACAGAUGCUGAUCGAGAAUAAAAUAAUACAGUUUUGGAUGGAAAUAGACCUUAGAAUUGUAUGUUACUCUGUAUUGUUUUCUUCUCUAGUUAUCUUAAGCUUGUUAAUUUUGUAGUGUUUGAAUGUAUUCCAUCGGAACUAGUUGCAGUUAAGAUUUUGCUCGCUGAAUGGGUUCUCUUGUGGCCUUGAGCUAGGCCUUUUUACUUAUUGAGUUAUGAUAAUCUUACCUUUUUCCA